AUUUUUAUAAGGGUAAUAUUGAAUUUACGAUAUAUAAUAAGUUGGCAAUAUUGAAGUGAGAAAUAAUAGUAGUAUAUUUUUAUAUAUACCUGGAAUAUAAUUAAAUAAAUAAAAUAUAGAAAGAAUUAAUUUUAAAGUUGUCUCAGGCAAAAAUAUAAUUUAUAGAAUUUUGCUAUAAUCUUUUUAAGGAAAUAGAGAAGUAAAAUAGGAAGUAUGGGUGAACGUUAUAAUAUACAUAGUCAGUUAGAACACUUACAAUCUAAAUAUAUUGGAACUGGACACGCCGAUACAACAAAAUUCGAGUGGCUUGUGAAUCAACAUCGGGAUUCUUGUAGUUCGUAUAUGGGACAUUACGAUUUAUUAAAUUUCUUUGCAAUCGCUGAAAACGAAACCAAGGCACGUGUGCGGUUUAAUCUUAUGGAAAAGAUGCUACAACCUUGUGGUCCUCCUCCAGAAAAACCAGAGGAUUAAGCGAUUUUGAAAAUAAAAUCAUAUUUAAGAUUUAUAUAAUACAUUCUUAAGAAAUGAUACAUAUGUUAAACAUUUAAGUUUCUAGAUAAGUACUAUUAGUUAAAUAUAUAUUGCUUAUACAUUUGAUUAUUUAUAAAACCAAUUU